CUCAGUCCAGCUCUGCGGCUGAGGGGAGAAGGGGGGUGGUGCGUUUCUCAGCCGCGCUCAGAGCUCCACACUCUUCAGGCCCGUCGGCAGGACUGUCCUCCGCCCGCCGUUGAGGCGGGAGGGAACUGCGGACAGGCCAGACGGCCCUCUUCUGUUCAGGAGCGGCGUGAGCGGGACCCGCAGGGAGCAGCCGCUGCUUGGCUGGUUCCGCCCCCUUCGUGUGGCUGGGCCUCCGGCCUCUGCCAGGCGCUCUCUGCCGAGCCAAGAGGCAGCCGCGGCCUCGGUGGGUGGAGAGAGGCGCGGCGGGAGCCGGGGUCCCGGCCGGUGGGGCGGCGCGGACCCCGCCGCCGUUGUUGCUGCUGCUGCCGGGGAGGCGGGGGGCCCGGGCCGCUCUGGAUGGUGGUUAAAAUGAUCAUAGAAAACUUCGAGGCGCUGAAAUCCUGGCUCAGCAAAACCUUGGAGCCCAUAUGUGAUGCAGAUCCAUCUGCCCUAGCUAAAUAUGUUCUGGCGUUGGUAAAAAAGGAUAAAAGCGAAAAGGAGCUGAAGGCGCUGUGUGUUGAUCAGCUGGAUGUAUUUCUUCAGAAAGAAACUCAGAUAUUUGUGGAAAAACUGUUUGAUGCUGUGAAUACAAAAAGUUACCUACCUCCACCAGAACAACCAUCAUCAGGAAGCUUGAAAGUAGAAUUUUUUCAGCAUCAAGAAAAAGAGACAAAAAAAGAAGAGAUCGUUAAAGAGGAAGAGCGAGAGAAAAAGUUUUCUAGAAGGUUAAAUCACAGCCCUCCUCAAUCAAGUUCUCGCUACAGAGAUACCAGAAGCCGUGAUGAAAGGAAAAAAGAUGAACGCUCUCGGAAGAGAGACUAUGACCGAAAUCCUCCCAGAAGAGAUUCCUAUAGGGAUCGAUAUAACAGGAGAAGAGGGAGAAGUCGAAGCUACAGUAGAAGUCGAAGUAGAAGCUGGAGCAAGGAGAGAUUGCGGGACCGGGAUCGAGACCGGAGCAGAAGCCGGAGUAGAACACGAAGCAGAGGUACCAACAGUUGGUCUCUAAAAUACGAAAGGGAUUUGGGAAAGCCAAAAUAUGAUAUGGAUAGAACAGAUCCAUUAGAGAACAAUUAUACUCCAGUUUCUUCUGUGACAAAUAUUUCAUCCGGCCACUACCCUGUCCCUACACUGAGCAGCACUAUUACUGUUAUUGCUCCUGCUCAUCAUGGAAAUAACACUACUGAAAGCUGGUCGGAGUUCCAUGAAGAGCAGCUGGACCAUAACUCCUAUGGAAGACCUCCACUGCCAAAGAAACGUUGUCGAGAUUAUGAUGAAAAAGGUUUCUGCAUGAGAGGAGACAUGUGCCCUUUUGAUCAUGGAAGUGAUCCAGUAGUAGUAGAAGAUGUGAAUCUUCCUGGCAUUCUGCCUUUUCCAGCACAACCCCCUGUUGUUGAAGGACCACCUCCUCCUGGACUUCCUCCCCCUCCCCCAAUUCUGAGUCCUCCUCCUGUUAACCUUAGACCUCCAGUACCUCCACCCGGCCCCUUACCACCUAGCCUUCCACCUGUAACAGGACCACCCCCUCCACUUCCCCCACUGCAGCCUGCUGGAAUGGAUGCCCCUCCAAACUCAGCAACUAGCUCAGUUCCUACUGUUGUUACAACGGGUAUUCAUCACCAGCCGCCUCCUGCUCCACCCUCUCUUUUUACAGCAGGUGUAGUACUGAGGCUUUGCCCACAAGAAACGUAUGACACAGAUGGCUAUAAUCCAGAAGCUCCAAGUAUAACAAAUACUUCAAGACCUAUGUAUAGACAUAGAGUACAUGCCCAAAGACCAAAUUUGAUAGGACUCACAUCAGGUGAUAUGGAUCUACCACCCAGAGAAAAACCUCCCAAUAAAAGUAGUAUGAGAAUAGUGGUAGAUGCUGAAUCCAGGAAAAGAACAAUUGGUGCAGGGGAUGGUGGAGUUCCUACAAAGAAGACAUGGUUUGACAAGCAAAAUUUUAAUAGAACAAACAGUCCAGGUUUCCAGAAGAAGGUGCAAUUUGGAAAUGAAAACACAAAACUUGAAUUGAGAAAAGUUCCCCCAGAACUUAACAAUAUCAGCAAACUUAAUGAGCACUUCAGUAAGUUUGGAAACUUAGUCAACUUGCAGGUUGCGUAUCAGGGUGAUCCAGAAGGUGCCCUUAUUCAGUUUGCCACACAUGAGGAAGCAAAGAAAGCGAUAUCAAGUACAGAAGCAGUAUUAAAUAAUCGUUUUAUUAAAGUUUAUUGGCAUCGAGAAGGCAGUGCACCGCAAAUCCAGACUACCACACAGAAGGUAAUACAACCCUUAGUUCAGCAACCUAGUUUGCCGGUAGUGAAACAAUCAGUCAAGGAGCGAUUAGGUCCAGUACCUGCAAGUAAUAUUGAACCUGUGGAAGCACAGAGUGCCAACACAGAAGUCACACAGAAUGUGACUAAAUUAUCUGUGAAGGACAGACUUGGUUUUGUGUCAAAGCCAGUUACUCCAACAACUGAAAAGGUUUUAUCUACUUCUACUGGCUUGACAAAAACUGUGUACAACCCUGCUGCUUUGAAGGCAGCACAGAAAUCUUUGCCUGUUGUUUCAACUUCCGUGCUAGACUCUAAUGAUGCACAGAAGAAAAAACAGGAAGCAUUACGACUUCAACAAGAUGUGAGAAAAAAGAAACAAGAAAUCUUAGAGAAGCACAUUGAAACACAAAAGAUGCUGAUUUCAAAGCUGGAGAAGAAUAAAGCCAUGAAGUCAGAAGACAAAGCAGAAAUCAUGAAAACACUGGAAAUUUUGACUAACAGCAUUACCAAGUUAAAGGAUGAAUUAAAAGGUGUAUCACCAGCAGGAGGCACUCCUUUAAAGAGCAUGAAAACUAAGACUCAGAUGCAGAAAGAGUUGCUAGAUACUGAACUGGAUUUAUAUAAGAAGAUGCAAGCUGGGGAGGAAGUUACUGAAUUAAGACGGAAAUACACAGAGCUACAGCUGGAAGCUGCCAAACGAGGGAUUCUUUCUUCAGUUCGUGGUAGAGGGGUUCAUGCAAGAGGUCGGGGUGCAUCUCGUAGCAGAGGUAGAGGAAUACGAGGCCGGGGUAGAGGCAGAGGAGUUCCUGUGCAUGCAGUUGUGGAUCAUCGACCUAGGGCAUUAGAGAUCUCUGCCUUUACAGAAAGUGACAGAGAAGAUCUUCUUCCUCAUUUUGCGCAAUACGGUGAAAUUGAAGAUUGCCAGAUAGAUGACUCCUCUCUUCAUGCAGUGAUUACCUUUAAAACAAGAGCAGAAGCUGAAGCUGCUGCAAUUCAUGGAUCUCGUUUUAAAGGACAGGAGUUAAAGUUGGCAUGGAACAAGCCUGUUGCUACUAUGUCAGCUGUUGAAACAGAAGAAGCUGAACCUGAAGAAGAAGAAUUUCAGGAAGAAUCUUUGGUGGAUGACUCGCUGCUUCAAGAUGAUGAUGAAGAGGAGGAAGAUAAUGAGUCUCGUUCAUGGAGAAGAUGAUUUGACUGAUCAAUGGCAAUGCUAGCACUGCACCUGUGUUGCAUUAGUAUUAUCUAAUGUACUUCUGCAUCUUUGUAUUAAAAAGGGGUUUUGUGAUGAAUUUGGAUUCAGAUAUAGACUAAAAAGCAGCUGGUCAGUUAUAUGUUUUGAGAGAUUGAUGUUUGAGUUACAUUUCAGUAAAUGAUUGCUAAAGACAUCAUACUAGGAACAUAUGCAAUGUUUUUAUUACAUAGUUCUACAGGAAGUUACAGAAUUCUUUGGGUUCUUUGUAAUUUACCAAAUUGGUCAAACACAAAUGACCAAAAGUUGUUAUAACAUAGGUAAUUUUUGUUUUAUUCCAGAUACGGAAUGGAAAUUUGCAUUUAAAAUCUUUGUGAAUGUUUUCAGAAAUGAAUAGAUAACAGUACUAAAUCAAAGUCUCUAAAGUUAUGUAUUCAUAAUAUUGCAUAGUAGUAUGCUUAGGCUUUACUAUGUACUAGCCUUUUGUUGGAUUUGUGUACGUAUUUUACCUAUGGGUUUUCAUGAUAAAAGUGUAUGACUGCUUUGCAUAUAAGUCCUUAUGACUUUAAGAUGUUAAAAAAUAAAGAAAUGGAAUGGUCUUAAAAAAAAAAAAAAAGGCAAAAAAAAAAAAGCAAUAACCAAAAAAAGCUGAGGCAAUGUUCCUUCAUAAUG